ACAAACAAACAAACAAGACGACAGUAGAACUAUACAUGUAAUGUGUCAGUCAGCAUCAUACUCACCUUCUUCUUUAUCAACUUUGUGUAUUUUCCCCUUUCCAUGUCGUUCUCUGCUCUGUCCUCUACCUCCACUUUCUUCUCAUCUGGUUUCCUUGUUUCUCGUCACCAGAUCUCAUAACUCUCUCAAUAACUAAUAACAGUCUUGCAGCUGCGCUCUUCCCUUCUCGCAAAAUAGUGCGGCCUACACUGCCACAGUGUACUUUCAAACGGAUGCGUUACGUACGUUAGCGCGCUAAAAGCUAUUUAGAUGUCCCGUAUGUCAAUGAAUUUUACGCGGACUCGUACAGAUCAAAACUGUUGGCAGUUGGAAAAAUCGGAUCUUCACCCAACAAAUCAUUGAUCAAACGAAGGAUUGUACACUGUAAAGUGUAGGUUUUUGCGUGGGCGUGGGCAACGCUGCAAAAAAACGAAUGUUUACAGUUUGUAAUUGAGCACUACGGAUGACUGCUUGGCUUGUAGAACAUUCAGGAAAAGUGUUUCAAGGCACUUGCGGUUGGUCAGACCCCACGAUUCUACAGUGUGGGCGCUUCUAUCCAGCAUGGGUGAAGACUGCUGAAGAUCGACUUCGUCACUACAGCACAGUCUUUCCUUGUGUUGAGUGUGACAGCAGCAAUUAUGCCAUUCCAUCUCGACAGAGAGUGGAGCGGUGGCUCAGCUGUGUGCCUCAAGGAUUCAUUUUUCACUUUAAAGCAUUUGGGUUUUUUACGAGAAAAUAUUGUCCAACAAACAACUUGCCUCGAGUGAUAAGGUCUGAUCUGUCGGUCAGCUUGCAACAGCAAAGCUCUGUGAAGUGGGAUGAAAUGCCUGUAGUUGUCAGGGAAAAGCUGUGGGAGUUGUUCAACGCUGCAUUAAAGCCAAUGCAUAACGCCAACAAACUUGGUAUUGUCGUAUUUCAGUUUCACCUUGGAUUUGGGCCAGUAGUGGAGAAUAAGCAGCAUGUGCUUGAAUGUCGACGAUUGCUGGAUCAAGACUACAAAAUGGCAGUCGAAUUUCGGAACAGAAAAUGGAUAAUUGAGUCUGAACUAUCGAAAACAUUAGGAUGGCUUCAAGAACAUGACAUCGGUCUGAUCUGCACUGAUGAGUUGGAGCAUGAGCUGCUAAAUUUGACAGCACCGUCCAAGGCAUCAGAUUCAACUGUUGUACCAAUUAUAUACGAACUUGGGUCUCUCAGAUUCUCAUACAUCCGAGUUCAUCGUCGUGCAGGAAAGGAAAGGCUUUUAACUACAGAUCAGAUAGAAAGAUGGUCUGAGCGUCUCCAAGCAGAGAACAUACAGCGAUGCAUAAAGGGACCAAUUUUUUUCAUGUGGGGAACAGAUCAUGAAGACCAGCCAAUCAUCAACUCCAAACACCUUACUGCACAACUUAGGGAGUUAGCUUUCAAUUGGAGCCUCAACUGUCCCAAGUCUUUUGGAAACCUCUUGCAAUUUUGCUCACCACUUCCAAAGACACCAACUGCUGCAAUUGCAGAGGAAAAUGAGGAAAGAACGACAUUGUCAGAGCGUUUGGUUGAUAUGUCCCCAGCAAAGAAGUCAAAACAGGACAAGGAUACUCAACACUCUACUGAAAAAAGUGCAACAAAUAUCUCUCCGUUGACAAAGAAAAAAGUGGAGAAGGAUAAGGAUGCACACAAGCAGCUGAAAGUGACCAGUUUCUUUUCUAAGCAAUCAUGAACACAGUGCUGUUUUCUGUAUUAUUGUUAAUUACUUAAGUUCAGUAUAAGAGAUGCUAUUCAAUUUCUGGUUGAGUUGAACAUGAUGUAUAAGUAAUUUUAGUUGAUCUGGUUUAUAACAUUAUUAUAUAGUCAGUUGUGACGUACGUACAGCACAUCAACAC